CAGGUAUUUUCUCUGGACUGCAGUACUGAGCACAGCCUGCAGCAAGAAAAUAGCUGAGACCAGUGCUGAAAAGGACAAUCCACUUUCUCUAGUGACCAAGAAUAGCUCAGAGAUAGAUUGCCUGUCUUAAAGCAAGUAUGAAGUACGUGUUGGCACUUUUCAUUGUUGGUGCUUCUUUCACUCUCAUCUCAACGUCGUCAUCACUAAUAAAAAAUGCAACUUCUACAAAAGAUGAAGACGAAAUGUCAGAUGAUUCGCCUCUCCCUAGCCCAGCUGGUCUUUCUUUUAUUGGCAGUGGCUACGAUCUUAUAAGAGGAAACCCCGAUGGUCAGGAUAUCGCAAAUGGCGGUGUCGAUCCAGGGUUGCUCCCUGCUAAGAGGAUUCUUAGACUCUCUUAUAAGGAAGAUAAGAGAUCAGACAACAAUAAGUAUCUUGUACCAGAUCAAAUUCGGUUUACUGUUCGCGAUUCCUGCGUUUCAACGAAAAAACACGACAUUGUUGCUAACAGCGCGGCUUAUCAAAAAGAACUUAAAGUCAGCGUCUCAGUUGAGGCGGAAUACGAGGGACUUUGGAGUGCUGCUUUCUCGGCCAGUGCAAGCUAUGAGAACAUGAAUAAAGCGACUACAGACAGUGAAAAGGUCUUCUAUGAAGAAAGAACGGUUUGCAUCAAAGGCAAUGCGGAGUAUUUCAUUGACAUGGCGUUUCAAGAAAUUUUCUCCGUGUCGGAAGCAUUUGCAAGUGCUGUGUGCAACCUCCCACCACUGUAUAGUGAAAAGACAUAUACAUCUUUCCUUAAGGCAUGGGGAACGAAUGUUGUCAUCGGAGCAGAUCUUGGAACCAAAGAAAUACUGCGAAUCACAUCAUCCAAGUCUGCGUUCACAAGUUAUGCUUUGACAAAUUACGCUGGCUCUGUUUCAGCGUCAGGAGGCUAUGGAGGAGGUAGUGCCUCAGUAACAGUAGACGUUGAGUCUGUUAGUGAAAAGAUGAAAGCUGGCUCAAAAUUUGGUUCUGAGGAGGAAAAGUUCAAAAUAGGUGGAGGAAACAUGCCAGAGCCAAUUGCUAUUCGAUUGAUAUCAAUCCAAAAGAUGUUUGAUGUCAAACUCUACAGUGCUUACAAAGACACAAGAAAUUCAAGAAUUCCCUGCCGUUUCUCCAGAAGACUGCUAAGCAAACGAUCUAAAAAUAUCAUAAAGGCUCUUGAAGUCUAUCCGUCAACCCUUAACGUCAGGCUACCCACAGAUUGUCCCGACAGCAAAGAUUUUGUUUGGAGGACUGGAGGCUAUUAUCAAGACUGCGAGGAUGAUGACAAUUCCAACGACCAGUCCCCUGGCAAUCAUCUUGGCAUAAUUAAUGGGAGAAACGCCCGACAAGACUUCUGCGUAAAAACUCAAGAAACUCCAUCUCAUAUGUCAUGGCCCAAAGGAUCGUAUUGCAUAGCAAAGAAAGGGAAUUGUCCUGACGGAUUCGCUGAAGGAGGCAUUCGCUGGGACGAUGAAGAUGAUGAUAACGAAAACAAACACAAUGGUGUUCUUCCCGAUGGUUUAGAGGGCAAAAUAAUUGCACUCAGUGGACCAAAUACUGUCAUCGACUUCUGCUGCCGUAAAGAUGAUUUCCCAUCCAAUCCCAUCUAUUUACCAUCCAGUGUGCCCUUCCUACUGUACAAGGCAAAGGACGGCAUUUGUCAGCAAGUCUAUGGAAUGACGGCAAUGGAAGAAUGGGCCWAWUGGGAUUUGGAGGAUGAUAAUAACGAAACCGAUAAAGCAAAAAGUGUCCCGUUUGGCGACAUUGGCAGUAACAUCAGGCUGUUCUACUGCUAUUACCAGCCUAACUGGUGGAGCACACCAUAGAUGAAUCGUUUCAACGAAUUCACAUAACACGGAAAUAAUAUGCAUGCAUAAAGAGGAAUAAGCGGCUUCAUCGUUAGAUCUAUUAAACGAUUAAGGCACAGGUUGUGUACCACAGUCCAAAACCUCCUUAUUACGAGGAAUGAAAACAAUUAAAUAAAAUGGCAAWGGCAAUCAUAAA